CGUCUACUGACAAAACCGAAUAGUAAUAUUAGAAUUGUACUAUGAACAAAAUAUGAAGCACUGUGUAAAUUUGCAUCGCAUAAAGCUUCGAUUAUAUUCAUAUAUCUAAAUAUGUAUCGUGUAUUUUGGUCAGAAACAAAUGUAACUUAAGAGCGAGUUUGGACACCAUGUUCUAGCUGAAUAAAGCUUACUGUCGUUAUAACGACUUUACUUAUGCAUAAUACCAAUUCUUGCUGCAAAUGUCUACAAAAACCAAGUAUAGAUACAAAGAAUAAAAAGGUAGUAGAAACAAAAAAUGAUUGCAAGAGUGUUAGAAUCUAUCAAAGAUUUCUUUCAGACUUUACCGUUAUGGACUAAGACUGUAACAUGGAUAGCCUUGUUCAUUCAGUUGAUGUCCUUCACUGGGUUUCCAACAAGUUAUUUGGCAUUAUCAUGGAAAAAUGUAUUUCAUAAAUUCUUAUUCUUCGAAGUCUACACAUAUGUAUUUUUACAUGUCUCUCUUUUACAUAUCAUAUUUAAUUUCGCAUCUUUGCUCCCAUUAAUGGCUAAGUUUGAAAAGGAGCAUGGCACUUUUGCAUGUAUAUUCAUAACAAUGGUACCGUAUACACUAUUCCCUGCCUUGGUGCAUCUUGUGGCUUAUCGUUUUAUGUUUUUAAAGGAGUCAAUUUCAAUUGCUGGAUUUAGCGGAUGGGCCUUUGCGUUCAUAUCUGCGACAUGUGUCCAUAAUCCUGAAGGGCCGUUUCAAAACUAUAUCCAAAAAAAGUAUAUUCCGCUUAUAUACUUGUUAAUUACUACGAUUUUUGUACCUUACGCCAGUUUCAUCGGUCAUGCCUCUGGUGCCGCAGCUGGUUAUGCGACGCCUUACAUUUUUGAGCAUAUACCUUUAAAAAGGUGGGCAGAAAAGGUUGAUUCUAUAGGAAAUCGCUUCAAAAAUUACCAACCAUAUGAUGAACUAGCGUAUGCAUCUCUGCCUAUUGCUGAGCCUGGUACUGGUAAUCCCAAUUUUCCUGGAAAGGGGACCCGGUUGGGAACUUGAGGUUUCUAGACAUAGAACAAUUAACACAAGUUUAUUAAAAAAAAAGGAAAAGUACUAUUAGAGAAGUUCUCGAAACUACUAGCUAUUUCAAGCAUACUCUAUUAAACAUUUACCCAAUGAAUUUUAUUCCAAUACCGUUUUCCCUUUUCUUUGACAAUAAAUACUUUCCUCUUCAUUGAUUCUUUUUAAUGGACAAUAAAAUUUCGAUUGCAGCUGUAAUUCUUCAAAGCAGACAUAGACAGCUUUUUGCUGUUUGAGUUAAUUUUAAGCUGAAGAAAAAAGGCUCUUGUCAACUAGAACCAAAGAACGUGUAAACUGACUCAAGAUUCUAUCUGCAGUUUGCAAGGUUGCCUCGUCAGCAGGAGAAACAUCUGCUAACGUUUUGGGAAAAGACAACGUUUCGAACAAAGGGAUAUUUACGGAGCAUACAAUGUCUGUCUCAAUAUCCUGCAAGGUGAUUACAUGCACUAGUACAGCGACAUUCGAAGCGGGAUCCGUAACCUUUUUUCCCUUUUCCAGUAUUCUUUGGCAUCCAAAAGCGCGAGUACCAUUUGCCAACUCAUUAUGGAAUCCAGAAAUAUCGGUUUUAUUUAAGUUUUCGUCUUUCCAAAUAACAGAAUCACUAGCAUCAUUAUCGAAAGCAAUGCUAUCAAAAUGAAACUUGGCGACUGUUGCAUCGUGAGGUUUUUCAACUGCUUCUAGUAAUUCCAAAAUCAGAGUCAAAUUUUCUUUUGAAUCUUGAAGAAAAACUUCCUGAUUAUCUGGGAUUUGUCUCAAAGCACUUGCAUUCAAAAAGUUUUCAGGUAGUUCAGCUCGAAAAGCACCGCCGAAUAAUUGUACCAUUUUUAUUAUGUAAUACUUUAAAAAACUCUAAAAAAAACAAAACAAAAAAGAAACACUACUAGUUACAAUAGUUUCUUCUUGCACUCAGCUCUUUUGUUUACGAGUCAUCUGAACGAUGAAGAUUUCUUUGGUGUUGCGAUACUGACACAACUUAUCAUCAUAUUUCGUUUCGCGCAUAUUAUAUGUUUAUAGGGCAUAUUCGCGUCUAUUUGAUUUCCAUAUAAGCAUAUUUGGGUUAACGCAUAUGUUAUUUAAAACAUAGCUUGUAAUAAUUUAUGAACUUACAAAACGAAAAGAAAUCGAAUUACAUUCGUACUUUCAGAACAAUUCUCAAUGUAUAUAAACAUAAUCCCUCUUUCACAACCAAUUGAAGAAUAUCCUCUAGUACUCCU